AUGUCCAACCAAAAUACUCGUUACCUUUCUCGCUCCGCCGCGCCUAAAUACUUCUCCGACAUACAAAUCCGCGCCUUUCACGAUCCAAAUGCGCGUCACCACCCCGGUAGCCAUUCCGGCACCAUCUUGCGCACAGUAGCUUGGAACAACCUCGGUUCUCGAAUCGCCACCGGUGGCGCCGGCGGAAACGUCAAAAUAUGGAAUCCGGAGAAGGCAGAUGUUAGAAGUAGUACCGAUCUUAAGGGUACAGGAUUACAAACUACUGAGAAAGUCCAAUGGGAUCCUACACAUGCUGAGCGGCUCGCAAGCUGUGGGGUUGGAGAUUCUGGGGUUGUUAAGUUUUGGGAUUAUAGAACUGCGAAAGCUACGCAAGAUAUCAAAACUGGAGGCGACAAUUACUCUCUGUCGUAUCAUCCUGAUGCGUAUGUUGUAGCCGUCGGGCGAAAGGAUAACAAAAUCAAAAUCCUCGAUCUUCGACAGAAUGCAGUAGUAAACACAAUUGAUGAAGGAAACGACACGACCUUCCAAACAACAUUCUCCCACAACGGCACAAUCAUUCUACAAACCCACGCCUCUGGCAAGGUCGUCCUACGAUCCUACCCUUCCCUCGAAAUAAUCUACACCUUCAAUGCUCAUACGGCAGGUUGCUAUUGUCUGGAUAUUUCACCGUCCGGUAAAUACAUUGCUACAGGCGGUAAUGACGCCUUGAUAUCAUUAUGGGAUACGACGGAUUGGGUAUGUCUUAGAACAUUUGAUAAAUCGGACCAUCCGAUGCGGAGUGUGAGCUUUAGUUUUGAUGGUGCGUUUUUGGUGGCUGGGAGCGAUGAGAGUAUGCCGAUCAGUAUGAUGCAUGUGGAGUCCGGCGAAUACGUCCAUGAAAUUAAAGCGAAUUACCCAGCACAUGCUGUAGCGUGGCAUCCAUCCAAGUAUGUGAUUGCAUAUACCGGCGAGGUUCUUCGAGUAACUGGCGCAGGAAGUUUCUCCUCGUAG